AUGGUCCAGCCUCAGCCAAAGGCUGGCACCUUGGACGCAGAUGACUAUCUCCUCCCAUUCACAACACUGAGGAACACUGUCCUGCGGCCAGCGGCGGGCCAGGUCCUGUCGCGGUCCAAGGUCCGGCUCCUGCUCAAGUACAACGUGGAGCGUUUGACAAAGCCUUGGGAGCCAUUCAAGACGGGUUCCAGCGCUGGCAAGGCUGCUUCCCUCGACAAGGACACCACCGCGCUGCCUGGCACCGAUGCCAAGUUUGAUGUUGACGACGUGAGCCGUUCGAUCGCCAAGAAGCUCGCGACCGAGACGGGCCUGAGCGAGCUGGACGCGUUCGUCAUGUGGAAGUCGUACGCUUCGCACUCGAUUGAGGACCCCGAGCCGGCCGAGGGCCAGAGCGUCGAGGACGCGCUCCUCGAACGCUUGCUGCUGUGGUACGAGGAGGAGCUUCUUGCAGUCCCCCAGAUCGUGAUGGCGCUCUUCGUCCCGGCGUCGCAACCCACAGGGUGGGAAGACGUCGCCGCCGAGCUGCGUCCCGAGAUUCUUGGUGACCAGGCAACCUUCAUCGAGAACCUGUUCCGCGCCUUCAGUGGUCUCGCCCAGAAGAACGUCUCUUCGUCCAACGCCGCUCGCGCGCUCUACUGGUCUACUCUCCAGCUUCGCCAGCAGGAAACCCUUCUCGAUCUCCUCUUCCUUAUUCUCUACCAGUUCACUACUCGCCCUGCUGCCGUUUCGGAGGGACUGGUCAAGGGUGCGGUCUUGUCCACGUUUGGAACCGCUCAGGCCAACCGCGAGAUCUGGGAGAACGACAACGAGUGCCAGCGCGUGCAGUCGCGUAUUCGUGAUCUCGUCCUCGUAAUUGCAGUGGAGGCGCUGUGUCUUGCCCAGAUUGUGUCGCCCGAGGGUGACCAAGGCGACAAGUUUGGCGCUACCCUCCUCCACUCGCGCGACAGGAUACACGCCGUGCAUCAGUUUAUCAUGGAGCAAAGCGAGGACCUCGACGGACCUGAGGCCCACGACAUGGUUUUCCCCGCCUGGCCUAUGCCCAUUCUCUGCCUCGCGUGGGCCAUUGCACUUCGCUCGCUCCCUGCCAACCUUCAGCCUCCGUCCGGCGACUCGUUCACUCUCGACACUACCAACAUGGACGCCGAUGAGCCCGUCGUCUAUCUCGGUGCUGCUAGCCGUGCGCUCCGUCUUUCUUCUGGGCUCUUCCCUUGGCUUGAGGUUGUCCUCGAGGGCCCAUUGUUUGAGGCGUCCAAGGAUGCCCUGUCUGGUGACCUCGCCGUCGACAUGGCAGCGUUGAGAAGGAGCCCCCUGAAGGACCUCCUCAUCGGCCUGUCCGAGCUCAUCUUCAUUGACAAUGUGGUCGACCGCACAGGUCUGUACCGCUCCUGGGAAUUGCUAUUUGGUGGCGGAGCUUCCGAAGCAUCGCAGUCGCUGUCCAACAACUACUGGAGGGUCGACUUCGUCUACGAUGAUCGCCGUGCAAUCCUCGACUACAGCCACUUCCCCCGCGAGCCGACCUCCUUACCCCGUAUCCUCUCAGCGCUGACCGGCGUGAGCUCAGACGACGAGCUCGACAUGUCUCUGGUCGACAAUGCUGUCCCCGACGUGUUCGACUACUUUACCGACCUGCCAUUCGUGACAUUUGUCGCUCCUCCAGGGUCAUUCAUGGCGGCCGGCCGUGAUGAGCACGGAAAGCCCACUGUCGAGGCUGCUGUCGACUUUGAGCUUCCCGGCGGUGUUGUCAUUCCCAGGAGAACGCGUGGUACGGUCUUGUCCGACGAGGACGACGACCUGACCAUUGUGUCGUGGCGGUUCCGUCAGCCCGCAUGGCCCCUCCUCAUUGAAAUUCUGCGCGGUGCCGCGGGCUUCACUCCGGGCAAGUCGACCAACCAGGGUGUUCGCCGUCUCAGCCUGGUCGACCUCGGUGUCCAGGGUGACCUUGCCCAGAUUCUCUCGGCUGGUCUCAAGCUUAUCCGCUGUGUGCUCCGUUCGCCUGACGUUGCCACUCGCUUGGUGACUGAGAUUCCAUCCCCUGGAGACCGCUUCCCCGGUCACUCGCUUCUCGAGUUGGCGCUCUCCGUUGCCAGCGACCGUGCCGACCCUGUAGCUGCCAAGCACGCAAUCGAUAUUCUCCAGUCUCUUCUCCUCACUGGAACCCCCGAGAUCUGGACCGCAUUCCGCGCGUCUGGCGUAUUCGACUCUCACUCGCGCCGCCAGGGUUCUGUCGCCUCCCUUAUCCAGAGCGACGCACGCAGUGGCGAGCACGGCCUGACUGUGGCUCUCCUCCGUCUCGUCCGCUCGAUCGCAUCCGCCAACGCGGGUGACGCUCACGUGGUCCGUACUGCCAUGAAGCUCAUCUUCACCGAAGUCUGGUCCCAGUUCUCUGGCUGGCGUUAUCGUGAUGUGUCAAAGCGCUACGAGAUUGGCGGACUGUUGCUCAACAUCUUUGACAUUGUGCUCCGCCACCCUCUCGGCGAGGAUGCAAAGUCGCCGUCGCCUGCGGCUGCCUACCUCAUCGAGGUCUUCAUCACGGGCGCUUCGCCCCUCACAUACAAGCCCAUCGUCGAUGUGUUCACGCAGGCGCUCCCGCUCGCUGGCAAGCUCAUUGGUUCGCGCCGCUGGACCGACGCCGAGAUUGUUGUCAACACGUUUGACCAGUCUGCCUCGUACCUUGCCACCCUCGUCCGCAUUGCCCCGUCCCUCAAGGUGGCCACCACUGCCUUGCCGUACAGCGUCUUUGGCUCCACCAUUGUGCUCAACAACGGCGACAAGGUGCAACUUGUCGACACCCUCUUUGACCGUGUGUUUGAGCCCACUCUUCGUGCCGCUUCACUCCGUCUUGUCAUUCGACUCAUCAAGGUGUACCUCGAGACAUCGGCACUGGACGCGGCUCGUCCCUCGCUCGCAGGAAUGUUGCGCAAGGCCGAUGAGACGUGUCUCAACCUCGCCAACCUUGCUCUCAACGCCGGCUACAAUGACAUCAAGCCUGACGCCUGGGCCCUCCUCAACAUCAUCGUCACGACCCAGCCGGGAUGUGCUGCCUUCUGUGUCGGCGUGCCCAAGGACGGCAAGGUCACAGGGGGUCUCCAGAUGGCCACGGAGGAAGUGGCUCAGUGGAAGACGCUCAUUUGCGAAGAGCCUCGUGCCCUUGCUGCAGUGCUUGGCUACUGCCAGGCUGUCCUCAACAGCCCCAGUGCCUCGCGUGGUGUUGCUGCUCUUCGCAGCGAUAACGACUUUUGGACUGCAGUGUACGACAUUUCCGCCAAGAAUGUGCCCCUCCCCUCUAGCCUUUCGGAGAACAUUGCAACCGACGUGCAGGACUACUCGUACACUGUCCAGGCCAAGGCCAAUGGUACUGCCCUCCUCGCUGCCGAGCUUGCGCACGUGAUCGAGGCGGAUGGACCCGAGACCAAGGCGCAGAGUCUAGCACUGUCGCUCUUCCGCAAUGGCAGCACUCUGCAGGACGUCGCGGUCGGAGCUGCCCACUCCUCGUGUGAUCCCGAGUUGCAUGCCGCCGAGGACGAGACGCUCAAGUCCAAUGGCGUCCAGAUGGCUUGCAUGCGAACCAUCUGCCUCCCCAAUGAGCGCGACUAUGGUGUCCAGUACUUGUAUGACGGCGUUCCCAUCAUCUUCAACGACCCCGAGCGCCAGGCUGCUGUCACUCGCUCGAUCGCCAUCCUCAACCUGAACUGGUCGCAACUCGAUGCCGACAUUACCCUCACCAAGGCUUGGCGCCUAUUCGCCGAGGUGGCCUCGACCUGGACUGUCGGUGAUGGCAUGGCUACCAAGUCUGCCCUCCGUGCGGCCGGUGCGGUGGCCUCGCUCCUGGCCACUGAGGAUCGCGGUGGUGACGUCAUGCUUGCCAUCCAGACCGAGCGCCUGGGCAUCCUUGCUACGCUGCUCGAGACUGCCCUCGACCCCGAGAUUGAGGUCGCCGAUACGGAGGCGAUCAAGGAGCUCGCCAACAACAUGCGCAAGAUUGUGGAGAGCACACUCUUCUCGCCCAUCCUCUCCCUUCGCCACCUCGAGUUGCCUCCUAUCCACCGCCCUGUACUCCGCAUGCUCCUCCUUCUGUCGCAGGCCAAGACCGGCAAGGCCGAGGACGACGUGCGCGAGAUGCUCUUUGAGAGUGCUGCCAGCUUUGCCCUCGAGGCGGCUGACAUUGUCCUCGACGCGAUUCAGCACGGUACAUCGGCUUCAGCCGAGGAGGACCUGGCGCUCGUUGUGGCGCUGCUCUGUGAGAUGAGCCGUGUCUCGACCUCGACGUCUGUCUGGCUUGACAAGCUCCAGCAGGUCAACCUCAUCCCUCGUUCGCUCGAGGUCAUUGUUCGCACGCGUCCGGUCAACAACACCCUCCCGGCCCAUUUCCACACGAUCCUCCUCCUCCAUCUGGCCAUCGCGAGCAACAGCUACUCGGCCGAGAAGCUUGCGGUGUCGGGUGUGCUCCCGGCUUACUCGAACAAUGUCGUCGCAGUCGCCGCAGAGGGUGCACGUAUCGACGCCAGCGACAACGAUGACUCGCUUCACCGUGCGUGGUGCGGAAUGCUGCUCGUUGUCAAGGCACUGCUUGCGACGCUGCCAAACACUGCGUCGUUUGCACGCUCAGAUGUCGUCCCCUUUGUGCGCGUUGUCACGCCGCAGCUUCUGCACGCGCUUGCAUGGAACGGCGAAACCCCCAUCUCGUGCCCAGCACUGGACGAGUGCGAGCUUGUCGUCGACGUCUUCUAUGGCCUGGCCACUGCGAUUGCAGGCGUUCCCGGCGGCGUGCCUGGCCUGUUUGAGGAUUUUGCUCUUCCUGCACUGUCACUGCUCGCCGCUACUCGCUACACGCUCUCCCACCCUCACCGCUUCUGUGGGCUCAUCGUUCCCGCCACCGAGGAGGAGCAGACGGCACUGGAAAAGGAGCUCGAGACUGUCGAAGCACAAAAGGAGGACGUCAACCUGGUCGACGCUGUCAAGUUGCCAACGAUUGCGAAACGCACAGAGACGUUGAUUAGCAUCACGCGCACAACGCUGGCCACGCUUGUGUCGUUCACGCACGCGUGGGAGCUGCUCAGCAGUGACCUCGAGCCGCAGCCCGAGUACCUGCUGCCAUACAACGAUGAACACACCCUCACAGCAUCCACCGAUCCCGUGGGCGUCGUCAACGACCUGUACCUCCUCCUCAGCGCCAUGAGCGUCAAGUUGACCGCCGACAAGCGCGGUGCCGUCUCGCAAGCGAUCGAGGCCACCGCUCUCCUGUCCCUCACCCAGCUGCUGGCCCGGCGCGAGUUGAACCCUCAUGCCGACACGCCGGCCGACGGCGACGCCAUGGACGUGGACGCUGGCUCCAAGCGCCGCGCCUCUGUGUCCCUCGGCACACCCGCCAACCGCGCCGCGUCCGUGGGCCGUGAGCUCGAGGCUGACCUGCGCGGCAUGCUGUCCGAUAGCUCGUGGAGCCAGCUGCUCGAGGUCCUCCGCGGUGUGGCCGUGAGCAACUUUGCCGAGUAG